GAUAAUCCCAUCAUGAUUCAUAAUGCCAGUGCACAGGGAUUAGUCACAGCAAACUUGUGUGCAGAAUAAUGCACUACUUUUGAUUUCAUCGUCUUUCUCAGCACUUAAAAAAAGGCUACAUUUAUGCAUUGAGAUUAGAUUCGAUCCUGCUAUGUAUGGAAGCAGAGGAAUGGUGUAGGCUAUAGGUUUCUUUUUAAUGGCGUUAUUUAGACUGUGUUCAAUUUAGGAGCUGACGUUCAUCUACAAGAUAGUGUAGAGCCGUGUAACAGCCAGCUGGCCUCUCCAACUAUACACAGAUACCAAAAUAGGAGUCUAAAUGGAGGGGCCAUCUGUCUUCUCCGUCAGAGAGAGAGAGCGCAAGAGAGAGAGAGAUGCCUGAGGAGCUCAGUCCAUGCAUCACAUCAUGCUCUUUAAAUCUCUUUUAAUCUAAGAAGACGAUCCGUGUCAAUCUAUUACUCCACUUCAGUUACUUCUUCUAAAUCAUGUCAUCAAAGGAUGGAGAAAGUUACAUAUAUGAAUUUUGCGAUGAAGAUCAUCCGUCAGAAACCCUGGGAGCUCUUUGGGAGUUCUACGCUUGUGGCCUGUUCGCUGACAUCACGCUCCAGUGUAGUACAGGACAGAUGUUUCACUGUCACAAGGCCUUGCUGUCGGCCCGCAGCGCCUACUUUAAAGUCAUGUUCACUUCAGACAUGAGGGAACGCUCAAAUGUCCUCAUUAAUCUGCCUGGCAUAGAUGGAGAGAUUCUGAGCGCUCUGGUCAACUAUGUUUAUACGUCCAAAGUGAACAUCACACAAGCUAAUGUGCAAAGCCUCCUGGAAGCAGCUGACCUCCUUCAGUUCGGCUCAGUAAAGGUGGCCUGUGAGGAGUUCAUGAUGCGGUUUUUGGAUGUUGAUAACUGCCUUGGGAUGCAUGCUUUUGCUGAGCUUCAUGUCUGCCCUGUGCUGAAGCGCGAGGCACUGAGGAUUAUACUUAGCAGAUUUGAAGAACUGAUAUGUCAAGAGGAGUUUUGGGGACUUGACUUCAAAAAGCUUGUCACAAUUCUGUCUGCUGAGAACGUCAAUGUGUGGAAGGAGGAGACGCUUUUAGAAGCAGUUGUGAAGUGGGUGACCUUUGACAUAGAUUCUCGGAAAGAAAACAUUCUGGAUCUACUGCACUGCAUUCAGCUCGAGGUGGAUGAUGUGUAUCUCAGAACAGCUUUAGACUUGCACAAACAAUGUAGUGAACACAAGAUACGAUCUAUCAUCAGUCAGUCUGUGAAAUCUAGUGGAAUUUAUGCAACUAGUAAGAAUCUCACAUCAAAAAUGUAUAUCAUAGGUGGAUAUUAUUGGCACCCCUUGUCGGAAAUUCACAUAUGGGACCCCAUUUGCAACGCGUGGAUCCAAGGGAAGGACAUGCCUGACUACACAAGAGAGAGUUAUAGUGUUUCACUUCUGGGUUCUAACAUCUACGUGACAGGAGGAUACAGGACAGAGACAGUGGACGCACUGGAUACAGUUUGGAUUUACAACGUCGACUCAGAUGAGUGGACAGAGGGAUGCUCUAUGAUCACUGCUAGAUAUUACCACUGCUCUGUGCCCUUACAUGGAUGUAUAUACGUCAUAGGCGGGUACACAGGGGGUGCGCCAACUCAGGAGACUGAAUUCUAUGAUCCAUUAAAAAAGAAAUGGUUUCCUGUGGCAGAUAUGAUACAAGGUGUUGGAAACGCUACUGCAUGCGUGUUGCAAGACAGAAUCUACGUGACCGGAGGUCAUUAUGGAUACAGAGGGAGCUGCACGUUUGAGAAAAUACAAACUUACAGAGCCGACAUCAAUGAGUGGAGCAUUACAACAAUAAGUCCCCAUCCAGAGUAUGGACUUUGCUCAGUGUCACUCAACAACAAGCUCUACUUGGUGGGUGGUCAGAGCACCAUCACAGACUGCUACGACCCGGAGAGGGAUGAAUGGACACAGAUAGCCAUGAUGAAGGAGAGAAGGAUGGAGUGUGGAGCCACAGUAAUAAAUGGGUGCAUCUAUGUGACUGGUGGCUAUUCCUACUCCAAGGGCACGUACUUGGAGACUAUAGAGCGAUACGACCCUGAACUGGACUGCUGGGAGAUAGUAGGGAACCUACCUAGUGCGACUCGCUCACACGGCUGUGUUGGUGUGUUCUGUCUAUAGAGAUUCUAUUCAUGUCCUUAUACCUGUGUGUAUUAUAUUUGUAUUUAUAUACAGAAUCUUAUUUCCAACAUGCAUGAUUGGGAGUCAUUUGUUUCUAGAGUUUUUACUGAUAGUGUUAUUACAGUGCUGUGUACUUCACAUAUUGGAUCUUGUAUCUAAAACUUGUUGAAGGACAGCACACAAUACACAGGAUUGACAAUUUUUUAAAAAGAAAUGUAAGAGAUUUAUUUAUUUUUAACGCGAGUGUUGUCAUGUUUACAUUCCUACAUACACUGACCUGCUUACCAGGACAAUAUUAGACACAGCCUCAGGAAUUUCUCACAUAUUUUUAUAAUCAUAACCUGUCUGUUAGUUCUAUUUUUAUCGAAUUUAUAAAAACAAAAUGAGAAAAUAUGGGCUAAGAGAGAGAGCUGAAAAACUGCUUCAGUUAUCUUAUAAUUCCUCACUUACUUGUAUGUUCUCACAAUAUAUCCAAAAUGAGAAUAAGAGAAAAAAUAUGUUUAAACCUAAGUGUGCUUAAUAUAUGUUAUUCACACUGGAUCUCAAAAAUAAUUUGGUAUUCACUGACCUAAUACUUUAACUUGUACUGUGAAAAAGCCAAGGUGUGAGCAUUGUAAAAACGCUUACAGGGUGAAGUAUACAAAUAUGACAAAAUUAAAAAAAGUUUUGAUUUAUCCUUUGGAAAUCCUAAACUUUACUGUGAAACUUGAGAUCAAGUGCCCUUCAUGUACUGUGAAUGUAAAGUCUAGACUUAUUCUUUACAGAUGAUUUUACACACAUUUAUUUUACUAUGCUCAUAUCAAAUUCAUACGUAGUGCAUUUAUAUGUGUUAGUAUGUAAUUUUAUAUAAAAUUGCCAUUGUUCUUAUCAUUAUUGUACAUUCAAAAAAAAAAAAUAAAAAUCCUUUUUAAGUACCAGAGCUGCAAAGUCAAAUCCAUCACUGCCAUCUAGAGGGAAAUCAGAGGAACUUCAAAGAAUGGUUCUUAUAUUAAGAUAAAGUUGUAUAAAAAAAAAAAAAUGAAGAUUUCAGAUCAAGUUUCACGUAGGGGUAAAUCGAAUGAAGUCCACCUGGA